UAUUGUUAUUUAGCCACUCUUUAAUAUCUUUAUUAUGCUCCGCACACCCCGCCACCCCAGUCCGCGGCACAAACAUAGAAUACUAAUCUAUGGCACAGUAGUCCCGUUCUCGUUACUAACUUCUGGCUGAUGACGGAUUUGACCGGGAGACAUUCUUCGUCAUUAGAUUUUAAAUAAUAUUCCGUAUUAUUUUGAAUCUGGAUCGGUUGCAUCCUAGUAUCCUACAGUCUACACGUGGCGCGCACUGCGUCGGUUGAUUUAUGUAUUCUUCAUACGAUACGACACCGUUGUAACUCGCAAAAACGCUGAUUGCAAUACAUUGCCAAGUUUUAGCCAUUAAGGUAAUUUUUUCUAUUAAACAGCACCUCAAACCGUUCACGUGCAGACGUUCACAUACCAGCCAAUUGCCGAGAUGUCUGAUUCCGUGGGUUGGUGCUUAAUCGAAAGCGAUCCCGGUGUGUUUACGGAACUGAUCCGCGAACUUGGUGUGACCGGAGCUCAGGUUGAAGAAUUAUGGACACUGGACAGCAGCUUGUUUGACGCAAUCAAGCCUGUUCACGGUUUAAUAUUCCUUUUCCGGUGGAUAGGAGAAGACCAACCUGAUGGACCGAUUGUCAGAGAUUCGAGAAUUGAAAAGUUAUUUUUUGCUAAACAGGUUAUAAAUAAUGCUUGUGCUACACAGGCUAUUUUAAGUGUAUUAUUUAACUGUCGUCAUCCAGAUAUUGAACUUGGCACUACCCUAAGCGAAUUCAAAGAGUUUUCUCAAAAGUUUGAUGCUAAUAUGAAAGGUUUGGCCUUAAGUAAUUCUCAAAAAAUUCGCUCAGUGCAUAAUUCUUUUGGAAGGAGUAAUUCUAUUUUUGAAUUUGAUGAUACUGCUAAACCAAAAUCAAAAGAUGACGAGGCUUAUCAUUUUGUUGCAAUUGUGCCUAUUGAAGGUCGUCUUUAUGAAUUAGAUGGAUUGAAAGAAGGUCCAAUUGACUUAGGAUUAAUAAAACCCAAUACAGAUUGGGUUGAAGCUGCAAAACCAUUUAUUGAAAAAAGAAUAAAUAAAUAUAAGGAAGGAGAAGUUCAUUUCAACUUAAUGGCAGUAGUAUCCGAUAGGAAAUUAAUUUUAGAACAACGACUAUUGAGCCUUAAAACAGAAGAAUUGGAUGAAGCAACAAAAAUUUCUGAAGAAAGUAACAUCCGUAUGAAAAUUGCUGAUGAGGAAGAUAAAAUGAAACGAUACAAAAUUGAAAAUGCCCGCCGUAAACAUAAUUAUUUACCAUUAAUUGUGGAAAUAUUGAAGUUAUUAGCCAAAGAUGGAAAGUUGGUACCAUUGUACGAAAGAGCUAAAGCAAAAACCUUAGAAAAAGAAAAACAGAAAAUUGGCAAAGUUUAAUUAAAGAUGCAUCAUGGUCCCAUGAAAACCUCAAUUAAUAAAAACAAACAUUUAUAAAAUUUAUUGUUUGUGAUUAAGACCGAAUACCAAGUGAUACAUAUACUUGUAAUUUUUUUUAUGUAUAUAUAAUAAAUUAUAAUUAUGUACCCGUUGUUUGUUCUAAUAUAAAUUUGUCAACUUACGUUGCAAAAAAUACAAACAUCAACACUUUCUUUAAAAUAAUUAAAUUUAUAUAAUAUUUAUUUUUUUGUCAAAUAAAUUUAUUUUUCAUGAAACCCUAUCAUUUAUAAAAUAUUACAAAUCUUAAAAAGUAAACUAUAUAGUGAUUGGAACAUGACAUUUUAAAAUAGUACAAAAAA